CGCAUUUGUGUUCAAGGUCACCUGCGCCGCAGGAACCACGUUUUAGGAAUCACCUCUCUAGGCUUAAUCCAGGGACUGGAACCAGCUCGCUCCUCCGAAGCAUGUGGGGCCUCCUGGUGAGACCUGAGUGGAUACUGUGCCUGUCCUCAGCUUUUGCAGUGAUGGCUCAGCUCAGCGAUGACCUCCUACCCAGAAUUAACCAAACUCACCUGACUCCCUCUCAGCUGAAGAACCGCAAAGUGGGUCUGAAAAUCAAGGACUCAGAGUUCACACUAGAAGGCUUUCCAUUCCUGAUCAUAUCUGGCACUGUGCACUAUUUCCGGGUGCCCAAGAUGUACUGGAGGGAUCGCUUGCUGAAGUUAAAGGCCUGUGGCUUCAACACCCUCACCAUGCCUAUUCCCUGGAACCUCCAUGAGCCAAGAGAAAACCAAUUUUAUUUCACUGGAAGCCUGAAUUUCAAGGAUUUUAUAAACAUGGCUUCAGAAGUGGGGCUCUGGGUGAUUCUGUGGCCAGGCCCCUACAUCGGUAGUGACAUAGACCUCGGAGGCUUGCCCAGCUGGUUACUCAAGGACCGGAAAAUGAAGCUGAGAACAACUUACAAGGGCUUCACUAAAGCAGUGAAUCGCUAUUUUGACCAGCUGAUUUCCAGGGUAGUGCCACACCAGUAUAACAAAGGCGGCCCCAUCAUUGCUGUGCAGAUCGAGAAUGAAUAUGGUUCAUAUGGUCUUGAUGAAAAAUAUAUGCUGUAUGUUAAAGAGGCCCUGGUGACCCGGGGGAUCGAGGUGCUGCUCAUGACUGCUGACAGUGGACUGGAACUGAGAAAAGGCCACAUAGAAAAUGUGCUUGCCACUGUCCACCUGAAGAGAAUUAAGCAAGAAACUUACCAAGAACUUGCUGCAAUCCAGGGUCUUAGCCCCAUAAUGAUGAUGGUAUAUACAGCAACAUCUUUUGACACGUGGGGUGCUAUCCGCAAUUAUCUGGACCCACAAGUGCUAAUGAAGGACGUGCAAGAAAUGUUCAAGCUCAGGUUUUCCCUCAACUUCUACAUGUUCCAUGGUGGCACCAACUUUGGCUUUAUAGGUGGAGCUGCAUUUCUGAACACUUAUCUCCCUGUGGUCACCAGCUAUGGCAAGUACUUGUCCCCCAGAAUUGUCUCCAACUGA